UAUGACAGAAGAUGGGGGAUUGGAACUUAUUAGGGAGCAUUUUAGAAGAGGUCCACAUUCAUUCCACCAUCGUGGGGAAGAUCUGGCUCACCAUCCUCUUCAUUUUCCGGAUGCUUGUACUCGGUGUUGCUGCUGAGGAUGUGUGGGACGAUGAACAGAGUGAGUUUGUUUGCAACACAGAACAACCCGGCUGCAAGAACGUCUGCUACGACCAGGCUUUCCCCAUCUCCCUCAUCCGCUACUGGGUACUGCAGAUCAUCUUUGUGUCGUCUCCCUCACUGGUCUACAUGGGCCACGCUUUGUACCGUCUGAGAACACUUGAGAAGGAGCGGCACAGGAAGAAAGCCUUUCUGAAAGCUGAGCUGGAGGGGACAGACCCCGUCCAGGAGGACCAUAAGAGGAUCGAGCGAGAGCUCAGGAAACUGGAUGAACAGAAAAGAGUAAGGAAAGCUCCACUCAGAGGCUCCUUGCUGCGCACAUAUGUUUUCCAUAUCUUGACCAGAUCUGUGGUGGAGGUGGGUUUCAUUAUUGGUCAGUGUGCUCUGUACGGCAUCGGACUGUCACCUCUGUACAAAUGUGAAAGGCUGCCUUGUCCCAACAGUGUCGACUGUUUUGUGUCACGACCAACAGAGAAGAAUAUUUUCAUGGUUUUCAUGCUGGUCAUUGCUGGAGUUUCUUUAUUCCUCAACCUCCUGGAGAUUUUCCAUCUGGGGGUUAAGAGGAUCAAGCUGAUUCUGUAUGGAUACAGAUAUGGAGACGAUGACAGUAUGUGCAGGUCAAAGAAAAACUCAAUGGUGCAGCAGGUUUGUGUGCUCACCAACUCCUCACCACAGAGGUUGAUGCAGCUCACCCACAUGACCUGCUCUGUUGUGCCUGAUGCUCAUGGGGAGACUCUGCCUUUGCAUUUGGCUCCAGUGGCCCUUCAGAAUCAGGAGGUCUCCAACAACUCCCACCAGCAGCCUGCACAGAUGUAUCAGGCGAGUCAAGCUGACACCCAACAGCCGGGGCCCGUGGAGCGGCGCCACACUCUGGAGAACAGGAAGCCCUCCUGCAGCAGCGAUGAGUCGAAUGGACCUCACAGCUCGGGCAAGCCACGUUAUGCAGGGCCCCGACCUACACUGACAGCCGGCCACAUGGAGAUCCCAGCAGCCCUGAGGAACCCGCAGAGGAAGCAGAGCAGAGUGAGUGUCUGCAAGGAGCUCAGUGACAUGAGCGAUUCUCUGGAGAGCGACCAUAACCCUACACCAGCCAGGAAGUGCAGCUUUAUGUCUCGGGGACUGUCGGAGAACAAACUAGCCAGUUCGUCUGACAGCGGAGGCUCUCAGAGCGGAGCAGACAUCGAGGCCCAGCUACUCAACCAGGGGGAAAGUCCAGUGAUGACACCGCCGCCUCCAGCCAGUGGCAGGAGGAUGUCCAUGAGUAUGAUUCUGGAGCUGUCCUCAAUCAUGAAAAAGUAAACUGAAAAUGACCAUUUUGGGACCAAGCUGGAGGACACAUGGGAGUUCUAAAGGGGCCGAGGGCUCCUGAUCGCAAAGCAAAUCUCAUCCUGUCUCUUGACAGCAAUAUUUUGUAUAAACGGUGUUUUAACAGUAUGUAUUAUGCAUGAACAAGAGACUCAGUUCAGUCACACUAACACACCAUUCCAGGGGCAGAUACUUUAUGAUUUGCUUCAUGUUCUAUGCAAAAGAUACCUCCAGCAUCUGACUACUUUCACACUGAUUGCGACCGACUUGCUGUUGAGAUUAGAGGGAAGUUUUGGAGACAUUGAAUCAAACAUCAAUCACAAUUGUAUUUGGGCCGAAACAUAUGUGACUGCUCAUAAAAUGAGACCUAACAACUGUUGCAACGACAUUUGACAGAAGAUUGUAUUCAAAGACAGUGGAAUUGGCAACCACGAAAAAACAAAAAACACAGAUUUAAAAUAAUGUUCAUGGUUCAUCCAUAUACUGCAUAUAAAGUAUACUUUCUCCAAGUGCAGAGAAUGUAGAGUGUAAAAUGUCAUGGAAACGGGCAGUGCCAUCUUUGCUGGCAAUGCCAUUUGCAACCAGAGAUUGUGCUGUAAUGACCAGGUAUUGGAGACAAUGUACUGGUAUUCUUUCUAGAAAAAAUGUGAUGAGUAACUGCUAGUUGUCUAUCCAGCAAGCUACAUAUCAGCUACUUUUUUCCCGCAGCAUGGGUACUAAUUAAAUUAGCUUUCAAAACACAAAUUAAUGUUGUGAAAAGAUCUGCAAAGGUCCCCCCAGAGCCCUCAUUUUGUAGUUUGAAACAGACAAUGAUAAAUGACACACGACAGCCCCUCCACAUUCUAUUGAUUUCCUGAACAAGGAUGGCUUUUUUCUUUUUUUAACAUCUCAUUGAAUCAAAUAACUUAAAGAGCACAAUUCAUCAUAGAAAACAAUUUAACAAAUAACCACAUGGUAAGAAAUACUUCAAAUGAAAGACAGAAAUUGGCCAUUUUUUGGAAAACUAAAAAUCCUGGAAAAUGCUGGAGCCUAUCUCAGCAGACACAAACGUUUUCGUUUUAAAACUCGAGUCUCGAUUUGACUGUUUUUCUCAGGAGGUUGGACUUCAGCCUUUGCGGUGGAGGGUUGAACCCUCAGUUCCAAAACUUUCCAAAGCCUCCAGACCUCCCGAGUCCUCAGGACCUGAGCUUUCACACAGUCUGAGGACUGAAAUUUUCUAAGUCCCUCAUUAGAUCUCUGUUAGAUUUAACUUUCAGACAGUUCCUAAGGAGUUGUCUGUUAGUUUGAACCUUCAGACAGUCUGAGGGCUGAAGUUUUAAAAGUUUCUCUGUUAGUUUGAACUUUCUGGUUAACAGAAGCCUGAAAACUUGUGGCCAUGAGUCUUGAUUUCACAUUUAGACCAUCCAUCUGAGUUCUUCUCAGACCUUCACCUGUGGGUUCUUUACAAAUCCUGAACAAACUUUGAUUCUCUUCACUGAACAGUAAAGUUUGUGGAGAUCAGAAAGUAACAUUAGUCUGAUUGAUGCCUUCAAUGACUAGUAGACUUUUAUCUGUAAAGCAGUUUUCUUAAAAGAGCUCUUAGUAAAUCUGUCCGCAGUCAAACCAAGACUAUCGAAAGACGAAAUGUUUGAAGAAACAACUUGAUGUUUUCAUUUCAGACUAGAAAACACUUUAAGACCUUUAUCUGUUUUUGCUCUUUUUGAUCGUUUUAUUGUCACUUCUGUUUAAUUUGAUUUUCUAAAG